AAAAAAUGGAAUAUAAAAAGAAAGGAAAGGUAGUUGAAUUGUGUCCUCGAUCAAAUCAAUACAUUUUCGUCCCCUUUUCUUCUCCGGUGGACGAUCGUUUUGACUCGCCGGCGGCAACGAUUUUCUUCAACCUCCAUCGGCCUUGGACUAGAUGGAUGUUGGGAAAUCUUAUAAAUCAUUCACAUUAUAUUGAAGUCGGCAUAUCUCUUUAGAUUUUUAUGUGCCGCGUAAGCUAUUAUGCUUAGGUGGUGAAAAGAAACUGCAAGGUUAUUUGGAAUGAGUAACCAUAUUGGUACAAGGACGUGAAUGUGUGUCAUACAUUAAGAAGUGGCACUUAUUAAUCUACGUGAGCUACGGAAGGAGGAGUUUUGCUUUUGAACAAAUUCCAUAAGUCUAUCACGAUUGAUAUACAUAUGAACAGCUGUAAUAUUGUAAAAUUGUCAAUCCCUAUGCUGGAAAAGCGUAACAUAUAUAUCUCACACUUAAUUCCAUAAGUGAUGUAGGCUGAAUAUGUCUUAUUCCAUUGGACCUCAUAGUGAUGAAAUUCAAUUUUAUCCUAAACCGGGGACUUUAUGUGUGAGUAGUAAUGUUCCAUAGAUUCUGAUGACGGAUAUGUCAAUAUCAUAAUCCUUUUUGAGGUGAUUGGGACCUCUCCAUUUUGGCAUGCUGUAAUAUAGUGUUACCACAAGGCCAUGGAAUUAUGUAGUAUUCUAUCUGACUGAUGCUUAUUGCAACUUGCUUAAGCAGAUGCAUGGUUUUCUCUGAUACUGUAUUUAGUCAACUUGGACUCUCUCCAGAGUCCAGGCGGUCUAUGUAUUCGUAGAAGUUGACACGUGGAUCUCUUUUCAUCUUAGAAAGCUUUCACAAAGUUUGUUGCCACACAUAAUGUGGAAAGGAACCAGGACAAGUUUUAGUGCUCUAAAUUAUUUAUGCCGCAGCAGCAAGUCUACAGUGAGCAUGUUUCACUAGUCAAAUUAAUAAUUGGAUAUCUCCCCAAUACGUUAAGUUAUAACUGUAGGAGCAUUGACGGGAGAGUCAUUGCAUGUGUGCUCGGUGAUGAUAGUGAAGCUAUGAGAAAUUUCCAGUAUUCAGAGUUGAUAACUGUAUAACCAGAAUUGACUUAUGGAUCACUGAAGCACGUACAGUGGGUUAGAUGAGUAACACAAUAUAUUCAGUCACUAAAGUGAACAUUUAAACAAGGAAGCUUGAUAUGUCAAAGGUGUCUGCAUGGAUGACUGGGAAGGAAUAGGUGCACAAAAGUGUAAAGAAAAAUGUUGGACCUUAUAUUGUGACCACCUGCUGCAAUCUCUAUUUGUAUUUAUUCAAACAGAUGGGGCAUAGACACUUUCCCAACUCAUUCAAAUUGUUUGGAGACGAUCAAAGCCAGAAUCAAAGUCAUCAGUUAGGGCUCCCUUACAAUCCAAUGGGAGGGCCCUCAGAAACCGGCUCGUUCGUCUUGCCACCAAAUAAUAUGUCAAGUGGUGGAGUACAUUAUGAUCCUCAAUGGAACUUGAGAGGCAUGGAAAAUAAUCAGUAUGCUUCCUCAAGUCUCAACAGGGAAAUACGUUAUUUCCCACCAGCAUCUCAGCUACAGUCUUAUUAUCCUUUUCCACACUCCGCAAGUUCCGCAAACUUAUGCAUUCAGCCACAUAAUGAUAUAAGCGGCAUGCACCCAAGUUCCUAUAACAGACAACUUGAGGAUGGUAUGUCAAACCCUAUAAUAGGAAAUGAAAUGGGGUCACUCAAAAGGAAAAGCGCAGCAGGCCCAGCCUACACGGGAAACUUUGAAAUAGGCAGUACAAGCAGAUCAUUUGAAGCAGGGAGCUCUUCCAGCUCGUAUCAGAUGCCGCAACAAUAUUCAAUUGCAAAUCACCAAGUCUUAUCUUCGGGUCCUAUCAGCAUAGCGGAACACAGAAGUGAUGGCCUAACAAUUGGUCGUGAAGCAUCGUUAAGGAAUGUGAGAAGCAGAUCUACAUUCGAUGUUGAACACGCACACCACCCUAGCUAUCCGUCUCAGCUUUACAAUUCAACAACCUUUCCAAGAAAUCCUUCUGUUCAGGUGAAAAAUAAUGAUUCAACUGUUCAAUGGGCUCAUGGACCUUAUCCUGCUUCUGCUCUUGGAAGACCCUCAAUAACUCCACCUGCUCUUGGUGGCAUCCAUGGAAUGAAUCAGUUCUCUGUUGGCGGAGGUCCUGUGAAUACUGUAGUUGGCAAUUCCUAUAAUGUUUCAAGUGGAUAUCCUGUUUCUACUUCACAGAAUUCUGGUGGGACCUCUACUCAGGUUUCCAGGGAAAACCACAGUACUCAAUUUCGAAGGGCUAGAGCUGUUACGUCAGAGAGUCUGCGUUCGCAGCGGCCAAGUUCAAAUUCUAGAUAUUCAAGGCCUUUCCUGACAAGAGGAUGGCGCAACAGUUACAGGAAUCGAAGGUCAAGAACAGCUACUCCGCGACUUCAAUCAACUUCAAGUGCGGUGGAUGCCCGAAAUAGAAUGGGUAGCCAGCUCACGGACCAUGCAUCAAUUUAUAGUGGUUCAAGACGUUCGUAUGAUCGGUAUAGAGACAUGAGGCUUGACGUUGACAACAUGACUUAUGAGGAACUUCUUGCCCUUGGAGAAAGGAUUGGAAAUGUCAGCACUGGUUUGUCUGAAGAUACGGUCUUUAAGCGUAUAACGGAAAAAGUUUACUGUUUGGGAGAUCAGAACUAUGACGAACAGUGCACUAUCUGCCUUGACGAGUACAAGAUAGAUGUAGAUACUAUUGGGAAAUUGAAGAGCUGUGGACAUGAAUACCAUGUAGAUUGCAUCAAGAAAUGGUUAGGGCUGAAGAAGUUCUGCCCCAUCUGCAAAGUUGCUGCCUGAUAAAUUAAAUUAUUUAAAAGCUCCGGUUAUAUAUGUUUUUUUAUAAUUCCUCCAACUCCCUCAAUUCAAUCUUGUACAUAUAUCGUGGGCAAAGUUGGAGACGUUAUCUGUAAAUAAAUCUCAGUUCAAUUGUAUGUCGUUCAUAUCUGAAUAUCUAUUCGAGGUUUCAUUGCUACCUUGAUAUAUUCA